AUGCCUCUAGAAGCGGCGGUAGUAGUUUUGGAUAACUCAGAAUUCUCUAGAAAUGGAGAUUUAGAGCCAUCUAGAUGGAAUGCUUAACAAGAAGCCAUUGAAUUAUAUAUUAAUGUAGUUAUAGAUUCAAACAUGGAAAGUGGAAUGGGAUUGAUUUUAGGAGGAGGCAAACAAGUUAGAUUGUUAAUGACUCCUACAAACGAUAGAGAUUUAAUUUAAGGGUAAUUCCAUAAAACAAGAUUAGAAGGCAAUUUACAGUUUUCGGUUGCACUUCAACAGGCAUCAUUGGCUUUGAAACAUAGAAUCAAUAAGUAACAGCAUCAACGUAUUGUGGCAUUUGUUGCUAGUCCAAUUGAAGAAGAAGCAGAUACUUUAGUAAACCUUGCAAAGAGGUUAAAGAAAAAUAAUAUAGCAAUUGAUUUAAUCAAUUUCGGAGAGUAGAAUGAAGAGCAUCUUAAGAAAUUGAAAAUUUUCUUUGAAAAUGUUUAGAAAGGAUCAACUUCAAAAUUCAUAAACAUCUAUCCAGGAAUGAGUGCGACAGAAACACUCUUUUCAUCUUUAGGAAAUUAAUCGGAUUUUUAAGCUGAGUCAGGAUAAUAAUAAGAGUAAGUCCCAUAAUAACGAACAGGCGGACAAUUCUCUGAAUAUGGAGGAAUUGAUCCAAAUAUAGAUCCAGAGAUGGCAAUGAUAAUGAAAAUGAGUCUUGAAGAAGAAGCAUAAAGAUUAUAAUAAUAAUUAACCUAAUAAAUAUAAUAGCCUUAAUAAUAAUAAUAACAAUAAUAAUAGCCUUAAUAAUAACAAUAAAUAUAAGAAGAAAAAGUAGAAAAUGUUAUAGAAGAAGAGAAUGAUGAAUUAUUAGAAUAAGCUAGAUUAUUGAGUAUAAUAGAAGAACCACAAUAACCAUAAUAAUAAAAUUAACCUGCAUAAGAGCAAUAAAAAUAAGACACAUAAAAUCAAUUAUUUUAAGACCAAAACUUCCUUGAUGAAUUAUUAGAUGAUGUAAAUAAGGAAGAAGAACAAGAAAGCCUUCUCAAAAAAGAUGAUGACAAAUCCAAAAAAGAUUGA